UGUUCAUUCCCCUGUUAAAAUAGCGAUUUCCAAACAGACAAGGACAGAUCCUCCGAAGUUGGAUCCCUUUUGAUCCUCUGCAUUGCUCCACAUCGCAACUUCUUCCACGCACACUGCUGCAACAACAAUUCUCAGCAAUUUCACUCAACCAAACCAAAACUUUCACUUCUCCAUUAUCAUGAGCAUUCUCUCUUAUUCUAACUCAGGUCCUUCAAUUUAAUUCUCUGUGUGAAUCGUUAGAGCCUUCAAACGCCAUAUUUUCGCCACUCACUGCUCCGUGUGAACUCCUUCAUCGCUUGUGUUUCCACUGCGGUCCAAUGAUUCCGUUGCUUAGCUUCACUCUUUUUCCCAAAUAAUAGAAAACCCCAUUACAAUGAACAGUUACCCUUUUGGAUCUCAGGCUUCCAAGUCCUUUCUCGCAUACCCAAGAAGCGAUUUUGACUUUGAAUCGGGAACUGCCAUAAAACGAACCCGAAAGCCCAAAAGUUCCCCCUUUCACCCUAUCAGAAUGAUAAAGUCAUUUGGGAAUCGAUUGCACCACUACCUUAAGCUUCACCCUCUAAAGGGUCUCUUCUUAGCUUUGUUCUUUGUGUUCAUACUUGUCAUGAUUUUCUCCUUUUAUGGAACCCCAUAUAAGGUGCAAAGUGGCUACGUAAAAGCUGAAAUGAGUUCUGAUGAUUUCCCUUUCUCCAAGCUUCAAAACCUUGUGAUGGUUGCUGGGCAUUCUGUUUACACUAGUAGUAGUUGUGGCAAAAUUGACAAAGAGGAUUCUUGGUUUUUAGAGUCUUAUCAGAAGAAUCCUGGCCAAGCUUCCACUUUUGUGACACACAUUCUUCAAGGGAUUGAAAUUGCGGCAAAGGAUGACUCUGCUUUGCUCCUGUUCAGCGGUGGAGAGACUCGUAGAGAAGCGGGACCUCGCAGCGAGGCCCAGAGUUACUGGGCUGUUGCGGAUUCAAAAGGGUGGUUUGGGAUUACAGGUUAGGAACUAUUAUUAAAGGAGAAGGAAUAGAAUAGAAUUCCCUGAUUGUACUGUUUAUCUUUGUCAUGUGUUUGACACUGCUGCUUUGGGUUUGUAGUUUGUUGCUCCCAGGAAGAUCAGACACUAUGUGCGAGAUAUGAAUGUCCAAAAACAAAAUAUAAAUUGACAUAAUAAGAGAUAAUUGAAGAUGGUCGAUUAAGUAGGGAAUUAAGCUGGUCUUUGGUUGCACUUAUGCUACCCAUGUAUGUGAAAAAGAACAUGUGAAUUGGUACAUUGAAUUUGUGAUUUUCUUUAUUUAUAGUCAUAUUUUCUCAUUAGCAACAAGAUCAUAUCCCUUGGGAAGUGCUAUAAUUUUAAGACAAUAUCAUAUUAAUUUAGUAGAAUUAUUUUUCAAAUUUCCAUGUUAUAGAAUAUUUCCUCUAGUGUUUACUAGUCAUUUGACAGUUUGGCCUAU